CCUGACGUACCGGGACCGCUGAUCUGCCGCUGCAUGGGGGAACAAACCAAAAUAAAAAAUAAAAUAUACUAAAAUAAAAGAAGAAGAAGAAGAAGGAAGGAAGGAAAAGAAACGCGAGGCGAAGCGGGACAUGACUAAUGAGAAAGCCCGCGAGGCAGCGCGUUGCGAGGAAAGGAGGGCAUAGCGGGACGCGUGCGUGAGCGCGGGGGGAAGCGGUGGUGUCCCAGUUCUGUAAGCUAACGUCUGAGCCGUCCCGUCAUCCCGCCCCGGCUCAGGGUCGCCCCGCUCCGAGGGGCAGCUCACUCUCUUCCUGUUCUUCCGCCCACCCGAGACGAAGACGACACUCUCACUAAAUGCCCCCGUGCGUAAAAUGGAGACUCAUUUGCGCGUGUAUACUACGCGCACGCAUACACUCGCCCGACUUGUUCAUCAGAGUAAUAAAUGAGUUUGCGGGGGUCUGUCACGAACUCUAACGACCCCCCCACCCCGCCCCCCCCCCGCCGCCGCCGCCGCCGGUAGUGUGAAUUAAGGUGUUAACAGAUUUCCUCACAUGCUUCCAUAUGUGUCAUGAGUGAUGGCGAUGCCCGCGGAGUCUGACAGCAGCGGCGCGCGGAGCGGCGGCGCCCGGGGGAAAACUGGCGCCAGGACCGCCGAUCGCAACGGCUACGUCAAAGCGUGUGUCACUCCGCUGCGCCGUGAGCCGGACGGCGGGUCGCGGCUGAGUCUAAUGCUGCACGGCCAGACCCGGAGCCGCCGCGGUCUCCGGUGCGCGGUGUGUGUGGGCUCGCUUUCGCUUUUUCUCGCCGUGUGCGCGGACUGGAGAGCGGAGGCUGACGGCGCUGCUGACGGCGGCGCUGACGGCGCACUCGUCGCCUCAGAGCUGCUGCAGACUUGCUGGAGUGUGCUGUCCCCCGUGCUCAGCCUCCUCUGUGCCUUCUUCUGGCUGGCUUUGUACUUGACCCGCUGCGGAGUUCUCCUCCGGACCGCCCUCUUCCUCCUGACGCUGUGCCACCUGGGCGAAGCGACGGCGCGGUGCCUCUUCCAUGGGACGGACCAAACACAGCUGCUCUCGUCAGGCGCAGCGGCCGCGCUCCUGCUCGUCUGCCUGGCCACCGGCGCACUCAUGGUAGCGCGGCUGAACCGGGGCAUCUCCGUCGUCUUCUUCAUCACUCUGCUCAGGACCCUGUCUCUCGUCUCGCUGCACAAAGUGCGGGCCGCCUGGCGACCCUACGUAGCCUACCUGGUCGGAGUGCUGGGCAUCCUGCUGGCGAGGUAUGCUGACAGGCUCCUUCCGAAGCAAGGCAGACACGAGGAGGGCUGCACCCCCGUGACCGGAGCGAGGGAAGAGAUCCCUGUCUUUAAAAGGCGAAGGAGGUCCAGUUCUGUGAUAGCCUCAGACAUGGCACACAGUCUGUUCAACAGCAAGUCCCACCGGAGGACAUCCUUACCAUGCAUCCAGAGAGACCAGAUGCUCCCCCACUCAGAAUGGGACCACAAGAAAGGCUUCAGGGGAUUACAGUCUUCAGGCACCACGGUGACAGUGGAUAUAGCCAUGAUGGGAGAGGCCCACGGGCUGAUCACAGACCUGCUGGCGGACCCCUCCCUGCCGCCCAACACCUGUACCUCGCUGAGGGCCGUCAGCAACCUGCUCACCACCCAGCUCACCUUCCAGCCGCUGCACCGGCCGCGGCCCAUCCCCCUGCUCAAUCUCAGCGAUGCCUACACCUGCUCCGACUCCGAGGAGGGGCCCGAGAAGGGAGAGAAGACCUCCAUUCCCAAGCUGCCACAGUGUAAGCACACCGGGGGCAGCUUCUGUACACGAAUGCCCAGAUUCCCGGAGGCGCUUCCCAUUACGGCACGGAGGCAUGCCCCCAGCGAUGGUUGUGGGAGGCCAUACAUCAGGCUGAGCCAUGGAGAGGGCUCCAUAGACAAAGGGGACAGAACACAACGGUCAGCAGAGGACCCAGUGGUGGUUUCGUCGGAUUAUGACAGCACCCACGAAGCCAACCACAGUGACGGCAGUGAUGUAGCACACGGAGAGGAGGAUGCAGAGGGAGCCAAAAACCCCACCCAGAAUGUAAUCCUCCACCCCCUAAUACCUGCUGAGGACAAACCAAUGCUGGCACCAGAGCCGCUGAUAAUGGAUGAUUUAGAGCCCCUGAUGUGUCAGCUAAACAACUGGAACUUCCCCAUCUUCAGCCUGGUGGAGAAGACCAACGGAAAAUGUGGACGCAUCCUAAGUCAGAUUGCUUAUAGGCUCUUUGAAGACACUGGCCUAUUUGAGACCUUCAAGAUCCCGGUCCAAGAAUUCAUGAACUACUUUCAUGCUCUGGAGAAUGGCUACAGAGACAUACCAUAUCACAACAGAAUCCAUGCCACAGAUGUACUACAUGCAGUCUGGUACCUUACCACGCAGGCCGUCCCUGACCUGCCUAGUCUCAUUAAUGACCAUGGCUCUGCCAGUGAUUCAGACUCUGACAGUGGCAUAACGCACAGUCAUAUGGGCUUCCUGGUUUCUAAGACCUACACUGUGUCUGAGGAUGGGUACGGAUGCCUGUCAGGCCUCAUACCCGCUCUAGAGCUCAUGGCACUUUACGUGGCAGCUGCCAUGCACGACUACGACCACCCCGGGAGGACCAACGCCUUCUUAGUGGCCACCAGUGCUCCACAGGCAGUGCUUUACAAUGACCGAUCGGUUCUGGAGAACCACCAUGCUGCCUCGGCCUGGAACCUCUUCAUGUCCCGACCGGAGUUCAACUUCCUUGUCAACCUCGACCACGUGGAGUUCAAGCGUUUCCGUUUCCUGGUCAUUGAGGCCAUCCUGGCCACCGACCUGAAGAAGCACUUUGACUUCCUGGCGGAGUUCAAUGCCAAGGUGGGCGACGACCCUUCCACAGGAAUUGAUUGGUCCAAUGAAAAUGACAGGUUGCUGGUCUGCCAGAUGUGCAUCAAGCUAGCCGAUAUCAACGGGCCCCUCAAGUGUAAAGACCUGCAUCUCCAGUGGACAGAGGGCAUUGUCAACGAGUUCUAUGAACAGGGGGACGAGGAGGCCAGCCUGGGCCUUCCCAUCAGCCCUUUCAUGGACCGUUCGGCACCGCAGUUGGCCAAGCUUCAGGAAUCCUUCAUCACACACAUUGUGGGACCACUGUGCAACUCCUACAACUCGGCUGCCCUCAUACCUGGACGCUGGGUGGAGCCAAACCCAGAGGAAGAAGAGGUGGAGAUAGCAGAGAACGAGGACGAAGAGGACACGGCAGAAGAUGCGUCCACCAGCUCAGAGACAUCACAGAAAGCUGCUCCCAAGAAGAGAAGAAAAGUCUUCUGCCACAUCACUCAGCACCUGUUGGAGAACCACGAGAUGUGGAAGAAGGUGAUUAUGGAAGAGGCCCAGAAACAGGGCCAGGGGCCAGACUCUGUCCGACCCAGUAACGUAGCAGAGCCAAUCCUGGCUAUUCAUGAAGAAGAAGAAGAACCAAUCAGCAAAGAGGAGUUGAUAGAGGGGGAGGAGCCUGAGGAGGGGGUGGAGGGGGAUGGGGAGGAAACCGAAUGGCCACGCCCACCACAGGAACCAACAGAGGAUCUACAAGAGGGCAAGCCAGAAUGAGAUGGCCUGUGCCAGAGAUAGAAAUGAAAAGAAGCUUUUUUUUUUUUUAAAUCCUAUCAACAGAGUCCUGUUUUUUUUGUUGCUAGCACGUCACUUUGACACAACACUGUAGAAGUAUGGGAAAUGUGUGCCUCAAAAGAAAAAAAAAAACAAAAACAGGGUGGGCGAAACUGUGUUUUACACGUUUUAAGUAAAUAUCCAGUUUUACCAAACUUUCUAAGGAAUUUUUCCAUAUUUCAAUAUGGGAUUGUUGAUGUACUUUGGGAUACAGACUCUUUUGCUACUGUUGAUAGGAGAGGAAGACUGACUGUGCAGACCUCAACCCAACGUGGAAACCAAGACAGGACUGCAGACAUUUGCUGCCAGUUUAUACAUAAGAAAUAUUUUCUAAAUGCAAUUAUAUAUAAACAUCACAUUUAUUUGUUCUUGUAUUUGAAUUUUAAGAAGGGAUUUUUGGGCCACAUCAUAGUUUUCUGUACGUCAAUCAAGUGAGACUCAUCUUGAGCAUCAGUUUCCAAUGCUCCUUCUUUUCCUCCGUCAAAAUUGAUCACUCCAUGGUGCGUAGCAUACAAAGCAAGCAUUGUUUGGUUUUUUUGCCCAUCAUUUCUGACUUCUACGAGCUGUUAAGUCUCAGAAAUGAAAGUUCUGUUUGUUUUGUAUCUGAUGCUACAUUCCCCACCUCCAUCAUUGCUUGAUUGAGAACAUACACCAUUAGCUUGUGUAGCUGUAAUAUCUGUAGUUAAGUUCAAGUUUUAAGUUCAAGAAGAGACUCCUCACACUUGGUGGUGGUGGUGGUGGUGGGUGUGAGAGAGAGAGAGCAAGGGAGAGAGAGAGAGGGGGAGAUAAGCAAACUCAUCAGGUCGUUGUUAUCUCUACUUUCUCCACACCAAGUGUGAGUGAAAGGAUCUCUGAAGGUCUUUCCCUGAAUAUGGAAGGUCAUCAUGGUCAAACUCUACUAGUACUACUUUGGGCUGCUCCCAUUGGGGGUCGCCACAGCCACAGGGGUCUUAUCAUGGCCAAACUAAUUGACAGAAACAUUGUUUGAAUUUCCCGGGACCUUGUGGCGGUGAAUGCGAAAGACCAAAAUUGGGAACCAUAGCAGAAGUCACCCAGUUAAGUGUGUGACAUCAGUAACAGAAAAAAAGAGGAAGGUUUAACACAAGAAAGAAAGCAAAAUAUUGGUGCAAUAUGAUACAAGUCGCAUAUAACCAGGACGUAUAGUGAUACCACGUUCUCUCAGGCAACCAUGACUGAGUAGCUGUUGCCUAAAGCGUCCUCAGAAGGUUUGUGUGUAAGGCCUAAAUCCUUUAAUCCUCCUCAUCGUUUGUUGCCAUUCCAGGCGGGGUUGUGACUGGCGUACUGUGCUGUUGAUGUACUGUAGUGGCCCUCAGGAUGUGAACGGCUACCUGCGCUGGAGGCGGGCCAGCACGCUUCUUCUCCACUAGAACCAUCCAGAGUUUACUAUUUAACUCAAACAUCUGCGUGACACAUGAGGACGACAGCGGGUCGUAAAACAAGCUGGAUGGAACACAAGCUAUUUCGCAACAAGCACUUUGCGAGUUCUUGGCAUUAAAUAAGGCUGUGAUCCACAGCGUCUCUAUUUGGCUAUUACUGAGUACUGUACUGUCUUUCAGGAUGAACACACA